UGCUACGGCUACUCGAUCGACUUGAUGGAGAACGUGGCCAGCGAUUUGGAUGUGAAAUUCGAAGUGUACGUCGUCGCCGACGGGCAGUGCGGCAGUGCUAAACGGCAGGCCGGCAACGACGGCAAGUGGGACGGCAUUGUAGCCGAUUUGCGUUCAGGGGCUGCCCAUUUGAGCUUCGCUCCUCUGAGCGUGACGUCCGCCAGGAGCGAAGCCAUCGAUUUCUCGAUUCCUUACUUCUAUUCGGGGCUGUCCAUCUUGCAGGCCAGCAAGAUCAACAACGAUGAUGUCCCUCUGCUGGCCUUCCUCAAACCUUUCCGUCCCGAUCUGUGGAUCGGCAUCUUCGUCAGUCUCAAUCUGACAGCGCUGGCCGUGGCCAUCUACGAGUGGCUCAGUCCGUUCGGUCUCAAUCCGUGGGGUCGACAGCGGACGAAAAACUUUAGCCUUGCCUCCGCCCUUUGGGUCAUGUGGGGCCUCCUCUUCAGCCACUUGGUGGCCUUUAAGGCACCCAAAUCGUGGCCCAACAAGUUCCUCAUCAACGUCUGGGGCGGAUUCAGCGUCAUCUUCUUGGCCAGCUACACGGCCAACAUUGCCGCUCUCUUCGCUGGCGUCUUCUCCGAAACGGCUGUCAAAUUUCACGAUCCUCGCUUGCUGAGCCAAAAAGUGGGUACCACGCGCAGCUCGGCUGCCCAGCAUUACGCCCAGAAAACGAAUCGUGGAUUGGCUGAGCAUUUGGAACGGUUUACCGUGCCCAACCUGGAAGAAGGCAUCGCCCGACUGAGAGACGGACGGCUGGAUCUGCUCAUCGGCGACACGCCCAUACUGGAUUAUUAUCGCGCCAAUGAUCCCGGCUGCACGUUGCGAACGGUCGACGUCAUCGAGGAGGACAAUUACGCCGUUGGCAUGACCAAAGGGCUACGAUUGCAGGUAAAAUGUCACACUCGUGUUAUAGACGCUGCAAUCACCGUAACAAAAAAAUAAAUAUCUAUAAAAAAGAAUCAUAA